AUGGAGCCUGCUUCAUAUCAGAGGCUUGACGAUAGAAGUGAAAUAGUUCAAGAAGUAGUGCCAGUUGGAUCGAGAUAUACAAGAGAAAACUAUUUAUUGACUGACUACUUUACUAAAAUUGAAGAAGUAAAUGCAAGAACAUUUCUUGAACCUCCAAUACCAGAAUCAAAAAUUCAUAUAGUAUUUUGCAAAGUUUGCCUCAUAAAUUAAUAUAUUAGUUAAUAUGGUAGCAAAUUGAGGUAUUUCAGCAUAGCUGAAUCGCAAAUUUUCAUGUACUGAGCUUUUCUUCAUGGAUCGCUAUGUUUUUGACUGCAGUGAUAACAGCGUUUUUAGCAUUUAUAGUAGACUUAGCAAGCCAAGAAAUGGUUAUGGGGAGAAAGUAUAUUGCUUUUAAUAUUGAUGAACCUAUUUUAGGUUUAUUUGUUUGGGUCUCUACUGCAAUAGUUCUUGUCUUAGGUGCAGCGUCUUUCGGGGAGUAUGUUAGCCAAGCAGCUGAAGGCGCAGGAAUUGCUGAAAUUAAAGUUUUUCUUGCAGGAGUUGAGCUGCCUAAUUUUUUGAAUUGGAAAUGUCUAUUUGCAAAGGUGUGUGGACUUUCUCUUGCACUUGGAUCAGGACUUAUGAUUGGAAGAUGUGGACCAUUUGUUCAUUUGGCAGCAAUUGUCGCAGAUAGACUUUUAACUCUAGACUUUUUAAAACAUCUUAUCCCCUUUAAUUUGGAACCAAAAUUCUAUUCCAAUUUCAAAGGGUAAGAGUUAAUUUAAAUUUGUCUGUAUAAACAAAAUUUUAUCAAAUUUUUGAAAAAUUUAAACAUAAUAUUUUUAAUUUUAUAUUUAUUUUUAUGAAGAAUUAAUUUAAAAAAAUAAUUGAUACAGUGUGAAAACUGCUUAAAUAAUAUUAUAUGCACUCCUCAAAUUUAAUUAGGUCAAACUAAUCUAAUAAAAAAUAGUAUUUUCAUAUAAAAACUUUUCCUAUUGAAAUAAAUUUUUGUUCAAAUUCAAGGGUUAAAAUAGCCAAAAAAAAUAAUCUGUUCUAAUUUAAAGGAGGGAGUUAGAAAUAAUACGACUUACAGAAAUCAAAUUAUGGCAGCAUCUGUUGCAGCAGGAGUGGCAGCAACAUUUGGAACGCCAAUUGGAGGGGUUAUUUUUAGCAUUGAAGUUACUGCAUCAUUUUAUAUUGUUAACAAUUUAUGGAGAGCCUCAUUUUGUGGAGUUGUCAGCACAAUAACAUUUUGGCUUCUGCAUUUAUUAGGGAUAACUGAUUUACUCCCUCCUCCAUAAAUGGACACAACCAUUGAAAAUCUCUAUUUUUGGCCAAAGACCCACUCCGCGAGUGAACAAAAAUUUUUUAAUAUAAUUUGUUUUUUAUGAAAUAUAUAAGUGAUAAUUAAUAUAAUUAACUCUCAAACGAGUUCUAUUGAAUUUGCAUUUUAAAAGAUAAAUUUUAUAAAUUAAAUUAAAUUUUGCGUUAAAUCCCUAAAAAAUUGACUUCCAAGAGCAAAAAUUUGUUUGCCCUCGAAUAUGGGGAGUUAGUAGAAAAAACUGACUAUCCAAAGUAUCACUAUAAUCUUGAUAUCUUUCUCUUUAUCGCUAUGGGCGUCGUUUGCGGAUUCAUGGGAUCAGCAUUUGUAGAAUUUGGAAAAAGGCUUGUUUGGUAUAGGAAUAGAAAAGUUAUCCCCUGGCUACAUAAACGAUAUAGAUAUGCUUGCUUUUUAGCUACUACGACUGCAUGCUUUGUGUUUUUUAUUCCAUGGCUCCAAAAUAGUGACAGAAAGCUACUAAACCAUCUUUUUGGAACAGAUGAACUUGGCGAUCUUUAUCGGACACCUGGAGUUUGGGGAACAUCAAGUCCGAUCCCCACGAUUGCUGCUUUAUUUUUUUUGAAAUUUCUUUUGAGCGGGAUGGAUAUUAGUGCUAACACACCUGCUGGCUUUUUUAUGCCUGUUUUAGUACUCGGGGCAGUUGUAGGGAGAUUUUUUGGAGAAAUUUCAUCUCUGACAGGGGAUACAGUUCCAGCAGGGAUUUUUUCAGCAGUUGGAGCAGCAGCAUUAGUUGCUUCAGCAACCCACACAAUUUCUGUUGCUAUUAUAGUAUUUGAAAUAACUGGCUCAAUCCAAUAUCUGAUUCCUAUGUGCAUCAGCUGCGUGAUUGCUUACACAAUUGGAUUUACAUUGAAUACAAGCAUUUAUGAUGCAUUUUUAGGCCUCAGAGGCUUGCCAUAUCUUCCUGCUUUCAGAGCUUCAGAUGUCUACUCAUAUCAUGCAAAAGAUAUGCUGGAUACAAGUAUAACUUCUAUCAUUUACCCAUGCUCUCUAAAAGAUUUGCUCGAUGCCGUUAAAAACAUCACUGGAUUUACAAGAAUUCCAGUCGUUGACACUGAAGGCUACAUUAUAGCAGACGUUAGUAUUGCAAGUAUAAAAAAUUACUUAACGGCAUGCUAUGAAUUAGACACAGAAGGGAUAUCUCAAGAAGCAAAACAAGAUAUUGCGAGAGAAAUUACACAUCCAAAGGGCGAAGGAGUGAUUUUCGACAUAAGUGAGCAGUCAAGAGAGCAAAUUGACAAGUUUUGGAGCAGUGAAGUCGAUUUUAGGUCACCUUUGCUGCGCCUCAAUAAUGCGCCAUUAUCAGUGUCAGAGUCUACUUCUUUAGCAAAAGUACAUUACCUGUUCUUAAUGCUGGGACUUAUGCAAAUCUAUGUCACAAGCUCUGGCAAGCUACUAGGCGUGAUUUCUUAUGAGUUUUUUGCUAAAGGCAUCAGAUAG